CCCAUUUUAAACAACACCGCUUUUUUUAACACUAAAAAACUUAACCCCUAAGCUAUCUGACACUGCUGAAAGGUACACCAUAUAUAUAUAGACAUAAACACAUACAUCUUCUUCAUAUAAACAUAUACACAUACAUUUCAAAAACUGCCAAAUAUGAGAAGUCGGUUAUCGAAAAUGGAAAAUGAAGAUAGCGUUGAAAGGUGUUUCGCCGACGAUGAUUUCUUUGGGUCGUUACCAGAAGGGUUCGUAGCCAAGGCGUUAUCCCUCACCAGCCCUCGGGAUGCUUGCAGGUUGUCCUUGGUUUCCUCCCUUUUUAGGUCGGCGGCGGAAUGGGACGCCGUCUGGGAGACUUUCUUACCGUUCGAUUACCAGAAGAUUGUAUCCGAGGCCGAAGACGGUGGCUGUUCCUUAAGUUUUUCUUCCAAGAAACAGCUGUAUCUUCGUCUCUGUGAUCAUCCUCUCAUCAUCGAUGGCGGCAAUAAGAGCUUCUCACUGGACAAAAAAACCGGAAAGAAAUGCUACAUGUUGGCUGCAAGGGACCUAUCGAUUGUCUGGGGAGAUACUCCGAGGUAUUGGCGAUGGAUCUCAUCACCGGAAUCACGUUUUGCAGAGGUGGCUGAGCUGAUAAGCGUAUGUUGGUUUGAAGUCCAUGGCAGGAUCAGUACUUCCAUGCUUUCACCAGACACCACAUACGUAGCAUUCAUCGUCUUCAAAUCAACAUCAGAAACUUACGGAUUCGAGUAUCAACCUGCAGAGGUUUCAAUUGGGAUCAGUGGGCUCGAAACCCAGACUCAAACCGUGCUUCUAGAACCAGAAUCUGAAGAGAGAAGACGAUAUCCAGUUGUGCCCAGAAGAAGAAUGGGAAUGUUCCAUAGACGCCACCUUCCGAACCACCCAGUCGUCGUCCCUGUUAAUACACACUCUUCAAAGGGCCCAAAGCAAAGAGAAGAUGGAUGGCUGGAGAUUGAGCUUGGUGAGUAUUAUAUCAAGAAAGGAGAAAAAGGAGAACUGGAAAUGAGUAUGACGGAGGUGAAAGGAGGAAACUGGAAAGGUGGGCUUCUCAUUCAAGGAAUUGAGAUCAGGCCCAAGCCCUGUAAAAGUUAAGAUUAGAGAUGUUUUUUUUUUUUUUUUCUUUUUUUAAUUUUCCAGAUUACUUCAUGUUUUCUUUUAAUUUCUUUUUUAAUUUUCCAGAUUACUUCAUGUUUUCUUUUAAGUUCCCCUAUGAUGGUUUUGAAAUUUUGUGAUAUUAUUACAUUAUUAGUA